AAUACUUAAGGGGCCAUUUUAAACCUACUAUAUAAAGGACUACAAUAAUUCUUUAGACCAUAUAGUGAAAUCGCCAUUCCCUAAUUCCUCUGCAAACUCACUCUUCAUACUUCAGGACAAGGCAUGAGUGGAAGACCAGCGCCAGACCCGGUGUCAGUGCUACGAGGUCACCGCGCUUCUGUAGCUGACAUUUGUUUUCAUCCUUCUAACAGCAUAUUAUUUUCUGGGUCAACUGAUGGAGAAUUGCGGAUUUGGAAUACAGUCCAACAUCGUACAGUUUCUUCUGCUUGGGUGCAUAGUGCAGCACAUGGGGUUAUUUGUGUUGCUGCAAGUCCUGUUCUCGGGGAUAACAAAGUUAUCAGCCAGGGUAGAGAUGGUACUGUCAAAUGUUGGGAUUUUGGAGGAGGAGGUUUGUCCAGGACACCAUUACUUACAAUAAAGACAAACGCUUAUCACUUCUGCAAACUCUCAAUUGCAAAGUCACCAAGUGAGGCAUUGAAGAUUGAUGAUCUGGAAAUAAACGAAAUUGUUGAUGACAUGCAAAGGGAAGAACAAGGAGAUCAACCCACUGAUUCCACCAAAUCCAAAGGUAAGGAGCUCAGUGAAGGACCAAAAUAUGUUGCUAUAGCAGGGGAACAGUCUUCUGUGGUUGAGAUUUGGGAUGUCAAUACUGCAGAAAGAAUUGCACAGCUGCCUCAUAGCUCUGGUAGCCUCUCAAAUCAGACUCCGAGCCAAAGUGGAAUGUGCAUGGCGAUUCAAGCGUUUUUACCUUCUGAAUCUCAGGGGCUUCUAAGUGUUAUGGCAGGGUACGAGGAUGGAUCCAUUGCUUGGUGGGACUUACGUAAUCCCGGAGUCCCAUUGACUUCAGUCAAGUUUCAUUCAGAACCAGUUUUAAGUUUAUGCAUAGAUGGAUCAUGCAAAGGUGGUCUUUCUGGAGCUGCUGAUGAGAAAAUUUUGAUGUUUGCAUUGGACCAUUCUAGGGGUUCUUGUUUGAUCAGAAAAGAAAUUGUUUUGGAGAGACCUGGCAUAGCUGGAACCUCAAUCCGCCCAGACGGGAAAAUCGCUGCAACUGCUGGUUGGGAUCAGCGGGUGAGGAUUUACAAUUAUCGCAAGGGAAAACCUUUGGCUAUUUUGAAAUAUCAUCACGCUACGUGCAAUGCGGUUUCAUUCUCUGCUGACAACAAAUUAUUGGCCUCUGCAUCUGAAGACACGACAGUUGCUCUUUGGGAACUUUAUCCUCCUAGAACAUGAUGUUGUAUAGUUGUUAAUCUCCCCUAAAUUAGUACUUUAGACAACGAUGUACCUCUAGACAAACAGUGCUUUGUAGGUCAUGAUGGGCAAUAUAAACACUGCUACUGUAUUUGCUUGUCUCAAUCGUAGUGGAGGAUUUCCAGAAAGGAUAGAAGAUCUAACAGGGUCAGUGUAUAAAGUUUUGCGAAAAGGACGAAGUUUUUGCACGAGGCAUGGUUCCCAGUUGAGCAGAUGGAGUUGCUGGAAAAAUAUAUUAUUGAUCAUCCAGAAGGGAAGGGGACUAAAACUAUCUCUUGGACAUAACUUUUAUGUGUGCUUUUAGCCUUGUAGGGGUCGUGAUUGUUAUGGUUCAUAGAUCGAUAUGAAAAGGUACUUAUUUAUUGAUAACUUUCACUCUCUAUAAUCGAUAUAUUUCUCUCAUAAAGAGCAUAAUAA